CUUUGUUUCUAUGUGAAUUGUUAUAUUUCUAAUACCUAUAUAGAGGGGUUUGGUAGCCUGCUGAAGAUGUUAAAGAUCAUUUCAGUUGAAAUAUAUUUGGCUUGAAUUGUGACAACUCCUUAAAUAUGAAUUAGAGGAGUUUUUGCUAUUUAAAAAAUGAAAAGAAAGAGCACCUUUUCUCUAUAAGGUUAAAAUGUCUAGAUAGACAAUAUGCUAAAAGCUCUUGACUAUUUGGGUUGGGUAGAAUAUGACUAUAUAAAACUUAGAUCUGCAGUCUGCUCAGGUUACUAAAGAUAAAUACAUCAUACAUUCAAUAUAGACUAUGCCGCAAGGUUUCAUUCCCACGUAUAAGUACGCAUGCUCGUUUCUUCUGAGACUGCAUAAAGUCUGAGCUUUUCAGUUUCCCUUUUAAGUCACUUCAUAGCCCCAGCAGCAGUUUAGAAAUGGAAAAGUUUGGUUGCUUUAAAGAAUAGUUCUUGAGUGGAUUCUUAAAGUACAAAUAAUAUUUUCUCUUUUAAAGAGAAAGCUUUAAAGUUUUAAAGAGAAGCUAUACUGCUCAGAGUGGACACGCAGUAAAAUAUUGAAAGGUAAAAGUUAGCUGUAUCCUAGUUUUCUAAAACCUGGCAAGCUGGCAGAGCUAGAAUUAGCUUUACAGAUGGCAUUUGGCAACAUAUCUACAUCUCUAAGCCCUCAUCUCCUGUGUUUCCUUCAGCCUGUCUAUCAAUUACAAUAUCCAAUCACUGCUCAGAGAUGGAGAAAUGGGCUGAUCACAGCUCACACGAUGCUGUUUGGUUAGAAACGUCAGUGCUGCACAGCCCACGGCUGAGUCAGUGUCUGUGAGAAAAUAAACUGAAUUAAUAUAUAGAGGGGGUUGUAGCUCUGAACAUUUAAAACCUAAAUAACUGCAACAGCAAUAUUACACAGUAGAGGGAGGAAACUAAAGGAAGUCUGUGGACAGGUGAGGUAGGGGGAGACGGAAAUUUUCUGAUUGUUCAGAGGAAUCUUGAAGAUCAUGGAAAUAUCAGAUGUGCUAAAGUUUCCUAGUAAUGCCCAAGGAUGCUGACCUGGCUUUCAGUGCUGCAUUGUUUGAAAAAGCAGAGUCCCUUUAUACUCUGAUUUCAAAAUUUUUUUCUUGUUUUUGUGUGUCUACCUUGGCAUAUACUAAAGGAAGUACUCCCUCACGUAUUGCUAAAGGAGGAGUCGACCACACCAAAAUGAGUCUACAUGGUGCUAGUGGGGGACACGAGAGAUCAAGAGAUAGGCGAAGGUCAAGUGACAGAUCACGAGAUUCAUCUCAUGAAAGAACAGAGUCUCAACUCACUCCUUGUAUCAGAAAUGUUACUUCACCAACACGACAGCACCAUGUUGAUCGAGAAAAAGAUCACAGUUCCUCUCGUCCAAGCAGUCCUCGUCCUCAAAAAGCAUCCCCAAAUGGUUCCAUUAGCAGUGCUGGGAAUAGCAGCAGAAACAGUAGUCAGUCAAGUUCAGAUGGUAGCUGUAAGACAUCUGGGGAAAUGGUGUUUGUAUAUGAAAAUGCAAAAGAAGGAACUCGGAACAUAAGAAUGUCAGAACGAGUGACACUAAUAGUGGAUAACACUAGAUUUGUUGUAGACCCAUCCAUUUUUACUGCACAGCCAAAUACAAUGUUGGGCAGGAUGUUUGGAUCUGGUCGAGAACAUAACUUUACACGUCCCAAUGAGAAGGGAGAGUAUGAAGUGGCAGAGGGAAUUGGUUCCACUGUGUUUCGAGCUAUCCUGGAUUACUAUAAGACAGGAAUAAUCCGUUGUCCUGAUGGCAUAUCUAUUCCUGAACUGAGAGAAGCAUGUGACUAUCUUUGUAUCUCUUUUGAAUAUAGUACUAUUAAAUGUAGAGAUCUCAGUGCGCUAAUGCAUGAGUUAUCAAAUGAUGGUGCUCGUAGACAAUUUGAAUUUUAUCUGGAAGAGAUGAUCCUCCCUCUCAUGGUAGCUAGUGCCCAGAGUGGGGAACGAGAAUGCCAUAUAGUGGUGCUUACAGAUGAUGAUGUGGUUGAUUGGGAUGAAGAAUAUCCACCACAGAUGGGAGAAGAAUAUUCACAAAUUAUUUAUAGCACAAAAUUAUAUAGAUUUUUCAAAUACAUUGAAAACAGAGAUGUGGCCAAAUCAGUUUUGAAGGAGAGGGGUCUUAAGAAGAUUAGAUUGGGAAUAGAAGGUUAUCCUACCUACAAAGAAAAAGUAAAGAAAAGGCCUGGGGGCCGCCCAGAAGUGAUUUACAACUAUGUCCAAAGACCCUUUAUUAGAAUGUCCUGGGAGAAGGAAGAAGGAAAGAGUCGGCAUGUAGACUUUCAGUGUGUAAAGAGUAAAUCCAUCACCAACCUUGCAGCAGCUGCCGCAGACAUUCCCCAGGACCAGCUGGUAGUCAUGCACCCCACUCCGCAAGUGGAUGAGCUGGAUAUUCUCCCUAUCCAUCCCCCUUCUGGCAACAAUGACCUCGAUCCUGAUGCACAGAAUCCAAUGCUGUGAUGCUGAUGUUCCUUGAAACUAUAGCAUGCUACUCUUCACAGUGAUGUUGUACUCUCCUCAUUCUGCACUGCAAGGCCACUCUUCUUCUUCAUUGUGAGAUGCACAUAACAAUGUUUAGGAUAUUGCAGUGUAGGCUUUUUUAAAGACCAAAGGUAGCUGAAUGGUUUUUUAAAUGAGUACAACUCUAGCAUCCUGAAGUUCCAGUUAUAUAAAUGUAUUUGUUUACCAGUAGGUUUGUGAAAUUGGUUCUUUGUAUGGGGGACAGUCCUUUUUCACACAUCUAGGUUUUUUUUAGAAGUGGUUGAAAUUGGCAGCUGGGGUGCUUUCAGCCUAGAUUGAUACUCAUCACGCCCCAGAUAAAAUGCAGAAUAUUAUAUAGUUGCACUUUAUAAAUGGUGGUUAAAUGGAACCGUUCAAGCCAUUUUAUAGUUGUGAUGCACAAUAUAACUUAAAUAAGUGCUUCUAUCAAAGUAUUCCUUCAGUAAAAUGUGUAUAGUUUGCUGCCCAUGAUGAACAAAAAAUGAGUAUUUAUGUUGGGCUUAUUUGAAUGAUUAGGAUGAGAUUCAAUGCCCAUAUCCUAACAAUUCGGUUAUCUCCAGUGCCAUUUCACCCUUUAGAGUGAGUUACAUGCAGGGAUUGUGGACAUCAGAGGUGGUUUAUUAUCCAGUCUGCCUUACCCUUAAUCUGUUCACAGAUAUUUAUUUACUAAUGCUUUGUUUUCUUAAGAGUUAUGGGAUAGGAAAAUGAAGUGUUUGCUCUUCAUUUACUAAAUGAUUGUAAACUCGAGUUUUUCAUCAAAAUAAAAUUCCAUUGUUUUAAUGUU